UAACCAAACAACUCGGACGAUUUGCCCUUAUUCCGGAGUAGGGUUACUCUCUUCGUCGCCAAUCGUCCCUGCCAGCCACAGAGAGAGAGAGAGAGAGAUCUUCUUAAGGCGCCAAACUCCAAACUCUGCGUCUCCAAACAAAAAACGGACAUACCAGGAUACAAGAACAUGAAGGAAAUCUUCAAGGAGGAAGAUGAAACUCUGAUACCAUGUUGAAUGUACAGAUAAGAAGAAGAACAACAACAAAAAGAAACAGAACAAGAGGAAGAGAGAAGCUCCUAUUUAUAUAAAUGAAUUAUAUUCUUAAGUUCUAGAGAAAUAAUGGGUAGCCAAACUCCCACAAGCAAUGAUCGUUCAAGAACAUACUGGACACCGACAAUGGAACGUUAUUUUAUUGAUCUUAUGCUAGAUCAUAUGCAUAGGGGGAAUAGGACUGGCCAUACAUUCAACAAGCAAGCAUGGACAGAUAUGCUUUCCGUGUUCAAUGCAAAAUUUUCCUCUCAAUAUGACAAAGAUGUCCUGAAAAGUCGUUAUACAAGUUUGUGGAAGCAAUUCAACGACAUAAAGAAUCUUCUUGGGCAGAGCGGAUUUUAUUGGGAUGAAAGUAGACAAAUGUUGGUAGCUGAUGAUUAUGUUUGGGAUGCAUACCUCAAGGUUCACCCUGAUGCACGGCCUUACAAGACUAAAACAGUUCUGAACUUCAAUGAUUUAUGCCUGAUAUAUGGGUAUACGAGUGCUGAUGGAAGAUACAGCCGUUCAAGUCAUGAUGUAGAUGUUGAGGAUGACAUCCAAGGAGUGAAUUUGGCUGAUGGAAUUGGUAGCUUGGCCCCUUCAAGUAGUGAGCGUUUGAGGACAGAUUGGAAUCCAGAUAUGGACCGAUAUUUCAUUGAGUUGAUGCUGAACCAACAAGAGAGUGGCAAUAAGCUUGAUAAUACAUUUAACAAACAAGCAUGGACAGAUAUGCUAACUUUGUUCAAUGCAAAAUUUGGUCCUCAACAUAGUAAGAGGGUUUUAAGACAUCGAUACAAGAAACUGUGGAAGUACUAUAAUGAUGUAACAGUUCUGCUUAAACAAAAUGGGUUCUCUUGGGAUGAGUCACAAGAAAUGGUAGUAGCUGAUGAUGAUGUUUGGGAUGCUUAUGUCAAGGCACACCCACAUGCGCGAUCAUAUAGAAUCAGAAUGUUGCCAAAUUAUAAAGAUUUGGGAUUCAUAUUUGGAGAUGCAAUCAAUGACGGGAUUCAGAGUGAUUCACGUCAGGAUAAAGAGCUUGAAGAUGAUACCUCGGGGAUAAAGGCUGGUGGUGAACGUUCAAGAACAUAUUGGACACCACCUAUGGACCGUUGCCUCAUUGACUUGUUGCUAGACCAGGUUCAUAAAGGGAAUAAAAUUGGGCAGACAUUCAUUAGCCAGGCUUGGAAUGACAUGGUUGCAUCAUUCAAUGCCAAAUUCAAAUCUAAUUAUGACAGAGAUGUCUUGAAGAAUCGAUACAAACAUUUGAGGAGGCAGUACAAUGAUGUUAAGGUUCUUCUUGAGCAGAAUGGGUUUUUUUGGGAUGAAACACGAGAAAUGGUAACAGCUGAAGAUCAUGUUUGGGAUACUUAUACCACGGCACAUCCUGAUACUCGAUCAUACAGAGUUAAAACUGUGCCAAGUUAUCAUAAAUUGUGUGUUAUAUACGGACAAGACACAUCUGAUGGAAAAUACAGCCGUUUGGCUCGCAAUGUAGACCCAGACUGUGAAGUUCCCCUUCUGAUGAUAGGUGAUGGGAAGGAAGACGAGUUCCAUGCUAGUGCACAUCCGGUGAUGGAUUGGACACCAUCAAUGGAUCGUUACUUUAUUGACGUUAUGUUGGAGCUGGUGCAUAGAAGGGAUAACAUCAAUCACACAUUCGAUGAGCAAGCUUGGGCAUACAUGAAUGCAUCAUUUAAUGAAAAGUUUGGUGUCCAGUGUGACAAAUAUGCACUAGAAAAUCAGUACAUGUGCUUGAUGAAACAUUACAACGACAUCAACAAUCUUCUCAAUCAAAGCGGAUUUGCAUGGGAUGAAAGGCUGCAAAUAGUUGUGGCUGAUGAUGAUAAAUGGGAAGCUUAUAUAAAGGAACACACAGAUGCAAUCGCUUACAAAAAUAAAACCUUGGGGUAUUACAAUGACUUGUGUAUACUUUUUGGGAGCAAAAUAGCGGACAGAGGAUUAAGCUGUCAAGAUAUGGGGACAGAGAUUGACUAUAAAGCCCUAGAAAUUGAAAUGGAUCAAGCUUCUGGGUGCAUUCAAAUUCCAUUAUUGGAUGUUGACACCUCUGAUCGAGGGAAAAAACGGCCAACUAAAAUGCCAUCAGUCUCGGGACGAUCUAGAAAAGUGCAGAAAACUGGUGAAGAAAUUCAAGAGCCUUGUAUCGAUACCACCAGUGUAGUAACAAGGUUGGUUAAAAAGCAAGAAAAGAGCUAUGACUCAAUAGCAAAUGCCAUUGAUGCACUUCAAGCAAUAUCGGAUAUUGAUGAUGAGCUAUUGUUGGAUGGUUGUGACCUUUUGGAGGAUGAGAGGAAAGCAAAGACAUUUUUGGCUUUGGAUGUCAACCUUCGGAAAAAAUGGUUACUUAGGAAGCUUGGCCGCUAGGGGCCUAUGCCAUUGUUCAAGUGUGGUAUGUUCUGAAAUGUUGAUUUACUUUGAAGAGUUCUGACAGUUUAGGUUAGCGGUUCUUUUUAGCAAGUUUGGCAACAUAGCUUCUGGGUUUUUUACCUUGUUCAUAUUAAUAUUCCCUACAAAUUUUUGAGCGGGUUUGGCUUGCAAGAAAUUGUUCAUGAGCCAUUAUUCUAGUGUUGAUGCAACUCUCUCUCUCUCUCUCUCUCUUAUUUUUUAGUUACUUUUUAAAGUAAAGUAAAAUGGAGUUCAAAACAUGGGUCAUCGCUCAUUCCUUUGAUCCCGAACCAUAUUCAAAGCCCGGUUAUGGUCUUCUUGAACUAUUUUAAUUAAAACCCUAAUCUUUUUAGAGUGAGAAUUGUAGUGUGUUGGAGUGAUUUGUAGAAAAAUUACAAUAUUGUUAUUGUUUCUAUUUCUCUUGUCUAAAUGUGUCUAUAUUUAUAGUUGUUAUGCCUUUA